CCCAUUAAAGAUGUGAACCAUAGGACAGUACUUUACCUGCUUUCCAUUGUUAAGAUGCACGAAUGAGCAAUAUUUCCUAUACGGAGCUCUAGGACACUGCGGCGCACAGGUUCACAAACACUUCUACAACGCCGCCGAAAUGGCCCAAAGCUUGCGGCAACUGCCGUGUCACCAGGCGCGACCAACUGCAACAGCCGCGAUUAGUCUCCUGCAGCUCCGACGCUCUGGCGCACUCAGUCGCUGUGCGGUCGUCCCCGCGCUAGGGGUUCUUCGGGACCGCUACUUACAUCGUCACAAAGGGGCAACGAAGCCUCUAGGCGCAGCUCAGGAGGACGCGCCACGGCAUGGAAGUCGCAAUGACAACGCGUCCGAGGCGAAACUCCGGCAAGUUCCAGAAGGAAUGCUGUCGCGAGAAGAAGAUAUCGAAGACGCCAACCCUAGUACCGGCGACUUCUCUGCGAUUGGGGCUUCAGCCUCUGAAACGCGGACAUCUGCUGCAACACAACCACACUGUGUCCCCGACUGCAUCCUCGCACGGGAGGAGGAAGAUGACGGACCGCAUGACGGGCCCUAUCCUCCCGACCUGCGUGUACUGCCGGGGGGAAUGCUGUCACGCGAAGAGGAGGAGGAGGAGGUGGCCGGCAGCGGCUUUCAGGCAGGCCAGCAGGCCGGCGCCGAGGCAAAUGGGCCCGGCAGUGCGAGCCCGCCGCAGCGGCCAGUGGUUGCGGCCGCCAACGUCGCUGCCACGCUGCUUAGCGACACCGCUACAGCAGGCACUUCCGUGGCCACAGGUGACGAUGCAGCAGCGACCAAGCCGUCGUCAUCGCCUCGCGCGGCCCCUGCACCCGCCGCCGCACCUCCUGCGCAGUUCAACUGGUUCCAGCAGUGGUACCCCGUGGCUCCGCUGGCCUCCCUGGACCCCUCACGUCCGCACCCCUUCACCUUGCUGGGUCAGGAGCUGGUGCUGUGGCGGGACGGCACGGGCAGGUGGCGCGCCUUUCAGGACGCCUGCCCACACCGGCUGGCCCCCCUGUCCGAGGGUCGGGUGGAGGCGGACGGCUCGCUGCUGUGCGCCUACCACGGCUGGCGCUUCGACGGCAGCGGCGCUUGCACCGCCAUACCCUCCUGCAGAGACGCUGAUGCACUGCGCCGCGCCACCGGCAACCCCCGCAGCUGUGCAGUGGCCUACCCCACCCUGGAGCGCGGCGGGCUGCUGUGGGUGUGGGGCGAGGGAGGCCCGGCAGCGGCAGCAGCCAGCGCGGCCAAGCAGCCGGCACUGCCGCCCGAGCUCAAUGAGGACGGCAGCGGCGCCCCGGGGGUGCGGGCGCCCGGGUGGACCUUCAGGGACCUGCCGUACGGCCACGUGUACUUCAUUGAGAACGUGGUGGACCCGGCGCACGUCCCCGUCAGCCACCACAAAGUUGCGGGCGAUCGAUACAACGAUGUGAAGCCAUUUGACAUGGAGCUCAGUCGGCCGGUGACCCUGGAGGGGGGAUUCCAGGUGCGUUACGCUGACUCCUGGCGCAAGGACGUGCGGGAGGCGCUGACGGGCUUCACGCCGCCCGGCUGCAUCCGCAUCGAGCAGCGCCACUUCAGCGGCGGCACCACCCUGCUGGUGCUGUACAGCACCCCCACGCGGCCGGGGUGGACGCGGCACAUGGGGCAGCAGCUGCUGGUCGAGGCCCCCGGCGGCGCCCGCGGUUCCGGCAUCUCCUUCUUCGGCGCGCCCAUUCCCUCCUGGCUGCUGCACACCCUGGCAGCCGUGUUCCUGCACCAGGAUAUGGUGUUCCUGCACCACCAGGAGCGAACCGUGGCGAGGCAGCAGCAGCAGCGGGCAGCGGCGGCGGCAGCGGAGACUGCUCGAGCGGGUGGCAGUACGGCGGCGGUGGGCAACAUCAGCGGCCUGCCCCCUCCCAAGUACUACAUGCCAACAUCCGUUGACAGUGGCGUGGUGGCGUGGCGCCAGUGGCUCUCCACGUACGGUGGCGGCGACGUGUCGUACGCACCUGGCACCCCGCCGCUGAGUCCCCGCGAGUCCGACCCCGCCAAACUCUUCGACACCUGGAACACGCACACGCGGCAGUGCGCCAUCUGCAUGCGCGCGCUGCAGCGCAUCCGGGCGCUGCGGCUGGUGGCGGCGCUGGCGGGCGGCCUCGCUGUUGUGCUGGCCACUGCAGCCGCCGCGGCGCGUGCUGCUGCGGUUGCUGCGGCAGCGGCGGCGGCGGCGGGAGAAGCGAGCGGGUCGCUGUUCGCGGCAGUUGUGCGGGGGUUCCUGUGCCGGGAGGUGCUGGUGGCGGGGGCGGUGGCGGCGGUGGCGGCGCUGGUGUGGUGGGUUGCGGGCAAGUUGGAGCGCAUGAUGCAUGUGUACGAGUAUUCGCAUGCGGAUAACAACUAGCGGAGAGGGGAAAGUGCAACUUAGUGAGAUGCAUACAUGAGAGCAAGUUGACAGGAGAGGGCAUGACAUGAGCGUGGUGCAGAGAGGAAAGGAGUGCGAGUUGAAGUGACCGUUAGUGUGGUCACGGAUAAAGCAAUUUUACCUUGCAGUAAGUCUGUGCCCGAACAGGACGUCCAGGUUUUGCCUGACGUCGAUUUCCUUGCUGAUAUCAAUGCGAGUGGCCACGGGCAUGAGCUGUGUAGCUGUUUCCCUCAGUUCCUUAACCUCGGCGCAUUACAGUUACAUAUUGAACGUAUGUUGCUUUACCAGCCAGGGAGCCCACGGCCACUACCGGUAUAUGCAACGAAGCCAGUCCUGUUCGGGGCCCCUUAUAUGGCGCCGCAUUGGGCUCCCACCCAGGGAUAAGGUCACUAGCCAGAGUUUCGGUGCUUCGACUGGUAGAAGUGUUUCUCAUGCAGUUGUGGCUGAAUGAUAUGCUCGCUGAUAUGAGCUCGGCUUGGGGAGGCAUCCUCACAAGCUAUUGCAAAACGCUGCUAGACAUGGAGGCCUGGAAGAGAAAGGCUAUAGUCGUAAGCAGGGAUACAUGAAUAACAAAAUGGUCUGUGCAGCUGGGUAGAUGACCAAAUGCAUAUCUUGAGCCUCUUGAGGAGUUGUCACUAGCAGUUACUGGCCGCGCUGAUGUAGGGAUGCUGGCGUCCCAUGGGUCGGUAGGUGGUGAGGGUUAACAAAGAGGCUACCGUAUUGCCCAAAAUUUAAUUGACAAAAAUAAAAUGUUUUGGGUUUUGUCAAAUGGGGCAAAAAUGUUUUUUGCCAUGUCAAAUGGGGCUGGAAAUUCGCUGGCAAGGUGUCAAAUGGGGGCAAAAUAUUCCGCCUGGGGUGACUGCAG